AUGUUCGCGAAGAAGAUGAAAUACGAAACUGAGCAAAUUUCAACUGAGGAAAUGGUGUGGCGUUUCUCGUCGCCCGUAACAACCCGUAGUCAGACGCAGCACAGUCAGUCAGCUGCUGACCUCUAUUUAGAGGUGCUGCUUGUUGCUGGAAGAUCGUAUAGCGAUAACGUCGUUCUGGUGACUGAGGCACGGACUGGUCGAAUGAAACAGCAAUGA